AAAACGCCAUGAUUGCAGCAGAGCAGGGACAUCGCUGGUAGACCGAUUUGGUCACAAAGGGACGCCGUGGCUAAGGAAGUGAUGCGCACCGUACUUUAACAUCUUAUCUCACUCACGCAUUACACAACCCGAAUGGGGAGCAUCGACCAGUUUUUCGAGAGCCUCGGGAAAGAAGAAUUCCAUCCUUUGUCCAACACAUCUCUGGGAAACUUUACUGGCAUCAACCAGACACUGAAGGGAAAUGAAAGUAUCAUUUUAUUUCCCCCGGGGACCUCAGACCCCCUUAUACUCACAGUGGGCCAGAAGUUCUAUGCUGUCGUCACUCCUAUCAUCAUAGGCAUAGGAUUGUGCGGAAAUAUUCUCUCUUUCAAUGUCUUUGUCAGCAAGAGCAUGCGGAGUCUCUCAGCUAGCUGCUACCUUGCUGCCCUCUCUCUCUCGGACAUCCUGGUACUUCUCAUCUACGUGCUUCUUGAUUGGCUGACCCGUGGACUGGCAUUUCUCACCGGAAGUUACGCAGCCGGUCACAUCCUGUCCCGAAAUGGCGUGUGCCACAUGUUUCUUUACUUCAGUUACGUCAUGCGGUUCAUGUCAGUAUGGCUGAUCGUAGCGUUCACAAUUGAGCGUUACAUAGGCGUGUGCAGGCCGCUGCUUAGGUUACGCAUGUGCACGCGCAGCUACGCCCGAAAGACCAUCACGAUAUACGUCAUCGCUGCGUUCAUCCUGUCUCUGUACAAGCCUGUCUUGAGCGGAGUGUACGAAGUUAACAAGAUAACGAAAGAGAAAGUCUGCACCCACAACAGUGAAUUCAAGACCCUCUCCUACGUCAUAGACAUGAUUUUCGGAAUGAGCAUCACCCUCGUGCCGUUCGUAAUAAUUAGCGUGUUGAACGUUCUAAUGGUCCGGAAGUUGGUCGCGCGCAGCCGGAACCGCAGGCGCGGAGUAUUCGGCAUGGUGCAGGUCCAAGAGAAUAAAAUCAGGAUGGAAAUGACCAUCAUUCUUCUCGGUCUCUCCACCUGUUUCGUCAUGUUAAACAUGCCGUAUUUCGUCACCUGGUGUCUGCACAUGUACAGAACCUUCCCCAGCCGCGAGACCGACGUUGACUUCCGGUACUCGCGGGGCGCUCUACACGUCACUCGGACAAUCUACUUUUUCAACUACUGUGUCAAUUUUUUCCUGUACAGCAUCUCCGGGGCAUGCUUCAGAAAAGAACUUAGAGCAUUGUUUACGUACAGGCGACUACAGCGUCGCUCCUCCAGUUUAAGAAGUAUGCGAUCUUCGAUUCUAAGAAACGAGUCCAACCAAAGAACGGACUCGGCAGAUAACACUAUUUUAUAGUCUCUACCGGGAGGAGUGCGGAAUAACAUUUUUGUAAAAUUUUAAUGUUGAAAUAAAAAACCGCAACUGACACUGAAAUAAAAACUUAUUCUACAUAUUCCUAUACUUGAUACAUGCAGGAGCAAUGGCAGUCAUUCAGACAGUUGUGCCCAUGUGAUCAUUCCUUUUUAUGUAUUAGAAUUAUAUUCAACAGUAUGCGCCCUUUGUAUGUGAGCACAGUCAAUUCGGAGGAAAGCCAAAUCAUCACAGGUGACAGUCAUGUAGAGAUUUCAGCCAUAAAAUAACUGCCUAUUGGCCA